AUGUCGUUCGAUACUGUUGAUAAAAUUAAUCGAGAAUUUGAACAAGCUUAUAACAAUGGUCAAGUCAAAGAUGCAGUUAAUACCUAUGCUAAUGAUGCUCGACUUUUUGCUACAGAUAAACAAAUUUAUGAAGGUACAAGUCAAAUUGAAAAAUAUUAUACAAGUGCACGAGCAGCUGGAAAUGCUAAAGUUGAGUUACAUACUGGACAAGUUAUUCAAUGUGGUUCGGAUUAUCUUGUUGAAAUAAGUCAAUACAAAAUUAAUACUGAUGGUGGAAAUUAUGUUGUUGUCUGGAAAAAAGAUGGUGGAAAUUGGAAAAAAAUUGUUGACAUUUUCAAUUAG